AUGAGUUUUUACUGUUCAAAUGAAUCCCAAAAGCUAUCGGUCGACCAAAGUGACAUUUCGGUCGGCCAAAAUGACUCGAGAAGCUGUGCAAACAUGCCAACAAACUCAAGUCGGAAAUCCAAUAAAGUGAAUAGUACACUUGGAAUGAAAUUAAUUAAUCUAAUUAAUUAA